AAAGCAAGCCCCACGACAACAACUCCGCUGCUCUUUGCAACCCACACUCCUUCAGACAAUGCCCACUUGCGAAUGUUGCUUACUUUGCCAUCAAAAUGACUGACUGGAACAAACUCAAGGUCGUUGACCUUCGAGCAGAGCUCAAGAAGCGCAGUCUUCCCCAGGCCGGCGCAAAGGCUGCUUUGGUCGAGAGAUUGAACGCAGCUGAGAAUGGAAAUGGAUCUGAGAGCGACGCAACUCUGCAAGGCGAUGCUUCGAAAUUAGAUGUCGAUUCCGCAAUUUCUCCAGAAGAUAUCUCUCCCGUUCUCCCAGCUGCCACAGAAUCCAUACCCGCCGAAGCUACACAACUCACAAACGAAGUCGAACAAGCAACAGCCUCGCAAUCAUCUGAACAACGCAGCCUCGGAGAAGCUCUUCCAACCGAAACUCAACCAACUCAUACGAUCGAGUCAUCGCAGCAACCUGUGUCUAAAGAUAAACACACUUCAGCACUUCCAUCUGUCGAGCCUCAAGAAGCGAUCGAAGAUCGCCAGAAGCGAAAGCGCAGAUCACAAAGCCCUCCUCCGUCUACUGCAGAUGCUGCGAACAAGCGACUCCGAAUCAGCAAUGCCGACCAAACGGUGGAUGAGAAAGUUGCGACCUCAACAAGUGAUGCUGACUGGGUCGAGAAACACAAUGGAGUUGAUGCUGCAGAAGUGAAUGCAGAGGCGAUGGAGGUAGCUCCUGAUGGCGAGGGUGUCGAGCCUGGCCCAACCAUAGUCGACACUUCUAUGGAAAUGGUCGUGGUAGCAAAUGUCCCUGGUGAUAAGGACCAUGUGGCAGACGUUCGCCAUGAGGCCAAGACAGAUGAGAUGGAUGUUGAUGGUCCCAUCAAAGAAGAAAGUGCUACUGCGAUAUAUGACGAGUCUCCAUCUCGGGCACGCGACUCCCGAUUCAAGACGCUGUUUUCUGGUGAGAGUCAAGGUUCAAAGCCAAGAUCUCGAGAUUCUGCCUACGAAGGAGAGCCAGAUCGCAUUAUAACUCCAGCUAUGCACCCGGCAACAUCAGGUCUCUAUAUUUCCCGCUUGAUGCGUCCAAUCAAUCCCGCACAGUUCCAGGCACAUCUAGCGAUCCUUGCUGCUCCUCCUGACAGUGAAGUGGACCCAGAUGCCGUUGUCAGAUUCUACGUCGAUCCGAUCCGAACACAUGCGUUCGCAUCUUUCACAAGUGUUUCUGCCGCAUCAAGAGUUCGCUCUGCUCUACAUGACCGCAUUUGGCCUGAUGAGAAGACCAGAAAGCCUCUUUGGAUCGACUUCAUACCUGCCGAUAAGGUUGUGGAGUGGAUUGAUCUGGAACAGGCGAGCAAUCCUGGAGGACGCUCUAUGGGAAAGAAGUGGGAGGUUUUCUAUGAUGUUGACGAAGACAGCAAUGUCACUGCUAUAUUGCAGGAAGCCAACACUCCUGCUAGGCCAAUGCAGCCAACUCGCCAACCUUCAAUCUCCAAUUCCCGCUCGCAAGCACCUAGCCAAGCUCAGAGUGUCGAUCCGCCUACUGGUCCUCGCUCUAUCCGAUCUCUUCCAACUAAUACGAAGAGACUUGAUGAGCUUUUCAAAUCUACUGUAGCAAAGCCAAUCCUGUAUUGGCAACCAGUCUCUAAGGAGUUGGCAGAUAAGCGACUGGACAAUAUCGACCGAGCCUUGUCCAAGGAUGCUGCAGCUGGGCGUCGUAUUGAAGGAGACAUCAAUAGAUACACUUUCGAAGACCAUGAUGUUUUGGUCGACCGAGGCAAAGAAAUAUUUUCUGGUAUUCGGCCGCCGACGGGAGGACCAAGGCGACGAGGUGGUGGAGGUUAUCAGGGUAGAGGUGGUGGAUAUGGAGGUGGGGAUUCGUUCAGACCAAAUGAUGGCUACAGAAAUAGUGGACCAUACAGAGGUGGCAGACGCGAUUCGAGGGAUUAUGGGCGUCGUUAAGGAUGCUGGAGUUAAGGCUGACUUUGAGAUUCACAAAAGGUGCUACCUGGCGUCAUACGCGAGAAUAUUGUGGUAUGUUUGUAGGACUACUUAAAAUUAGAGGAAACGAUAUGGCGGUAUACCCAUGAGAUUGCAAUUUUCUCAAAAGGAUCAAUGGAG